UCAACACGAACUAGCCAAUAAUGUGUAGCGUCGAUCCGCCUUCUUAUAUGUCAACCAGAAACCGAAAACUGGAGGCAGUGAUUGCAGUUCGUCUUCUUGACCGUGAUCCGGUUCCAGCUCCAGAGGUCCAGUAUAAAGCCGCUCCCUCUCCGGCGGACUGCACACAGUUCUCAGCUCUCCGACAGCAAACAUGUACAAGAUCGCCAUUCUCUUCGCCUGCAUCGCAGCCGCCUCUGCAGGAGGCCUCAUCGGCGCACCAGCUGCACUCUCCUACGCUGCUCCAGCUGUAUCCUACGCUGCUCCAGCUGUGUCCUAUGCUGCUCCCGCAGUUGCCACCGUAGCCCACGCUCCAGCCAUUUCAUAUGCUGCCCCAGCUAUUGCUCACGCUCCAACCACUUACUCUAGCUCUUCCUAUGUUGCCCAUCAUGCUCCAGUAGCUACAGUCGCCCACGCUCCAGCGAUCUCAUAUGCUGCUCCUGCUAUCGCUGCAGCUCCAGCAAUCAGAUACGCCGCCGCAGCUCCCGCCAUCAGAUACGCCGCUCCAGCUGUAUCCUACGCUGCUGCAGCUCCCGCUAUCAGAUACGCCGCUCCAGCUGUAUCCUAUGCUGCACCAGCCAUCAGGUACGCUGCUCCUGCUGUGAGAUACGCAGCAGCUCCUGCUAUCAGAUACGCCGCUGCUGCUCCCGCUGUAUCCUACGCCGCUCCAGCAAUUGCUCAUGCCCCAACCACUUACUCUAGCUCUUCCUACGUUGCCCAUGCUGCACCAGCUGUCUCUUACGCUGCCCCAGCAGUAGCCACUGUAGCCCAUGCCCCUGCUGUUAGCUACGCUGCUCCUGCAGUCAGCUAUGCCGCUGCUCCAGCAAUCACUACCGUCGCUCACGCCCCAGUCGCUGCUGUUGCCGCUCCUGCUGUAUCCUACGCUUCCCGCCCACUCUCCUAUGGAGGUCUCUACGGUAGCAGCUAUGGUAGCUAUGGUGGAUACGGUCUUGGCUACGGAUAUGGCUCUACCCUCCUCCACCAUUAA